AUGUGCAUGUUGAUGCUUUUUAAUGUGGAUGAUUUGGGUUACUUUGGAGACCGUGUGAAUGACGUUCGUGAAGCUACAGGAAACACUUCAUCAAAUAUAUACAACGAUUGGAAUGAAGUUUGUCUUUAUGUAUACAAGGAUUGGAAAAAUAUCGAAACUAUAUGUCACAAAGUAACCGAACACCUUGAUGCAAUUUCUAAAAUACAGCAAACCAAUGAGUCCGUUGUCAAGUUUGAUAUGCCAGCAAUUUUGAAAAUGCCAAAGGAAAUCCAACAUCUUGUUAAACUACUAGAGGAAUUUUUUUAUUAUAGUGACCCUUCUAGCAAGUAUGGACUCAACAACAGCAGAGUUGUUAUCACAAGAUUAAUAGAUGAUUUUAACAAUAUAGCUGCUCCUCAUUAUGGAAAGAGUAAAUCGAAGUCCAGUAUUGCUACUAAAAGAUCUGAGGACAGAGAACUUGUAAUUGCUAUACGUAUUAUAACACUAUAUGCUUUGGGCUUUACUCUUGGGUUAAUGAUGGCUGAAACUAGAACUAUUAGAAAAUACACAGCUGUAUUUACGUGUCUUUUAGUAGACUAUUUUCUGAUUCGUCAAGACAACUACGAUAAGCAGCAAGUUUUAAAAAAGCUUAAUGCGCCACGGGAGAGAAUUAGCCCAAUGACUAAACACAAAAAUAUUUUAGCAGAAAGAACAUUUGACUUUGUUGAUGAAUCAAAAGAGCUUAUCAGGGAUGUCGAUAUUCUCAUUGGAGAUCUGCACGUGGGAGUGUUCUAUUAUCCAUUACCAAGUGUUGGGUUGCAUUACUUAACUACUAUGCUACAAAGAGUAUAUAAACGAAUGCAGUCUAUGGCAAACUCAAACAAGAAUGCUGCAAGAACCCUUCUUUUAGACAGCGAUCCUUCUAAAAAGUUUAUGGCAUUGUAA